UUACUUCCUGGUUGUCAAAAUGGAAACAGUUGAAGUAAACUAGCUUCAUAUUUCGCAUUAUUCUAGCUACUUUCCCCGAAAAUUAUACUUUCACGGCUUUUUUUAGUUGAGUUUCACAUCGAAUCGCUAUUUUUAGUGUUAACGUUUAUCGAAAAAGUGCGUGUCGAGGCGAAAAUCGUGAAGAACAGCGAUAUAAACAAGAAACAGCUAGCAGCUACCGUUAGCUUGGUUCCAACCGAAGCUAACUAUAAACUUGUUUAAAUAAUCUGACCUGAGAUUACUGAGAGAUAAACUCACCUCAGAUCAGAUUCUUUAUUUAAGGUUUGGAGCAGAGAUCUGCAGGAUGCAUCGGAGAGGAGUUGGAGCGGGAGCGAUCGCCAAAAAGAAGCUGGCAGAGGCAAAAUACAAAGAAAGAGGAACUGUUCUUGCAGAGGAUCAAAUAGUCCAAAUGUCGAAGCAGCUGGAAACCUUCAAGUCGAACCUGGAGGAGUUCGCCAGCAAACACAAACAAGAGAUCAGAAAGAGCUCUCAGUUCAGGGUUCAGUUUCAGGAGAUGUGUGCCACAAUCGGAGUCGACCCGCUCGCCUCUGGAAAAGGUUUCUGGUCUGAGAUGCUCGGUGUAGGGGACUUCUAUUAUGAGCUCGGGGUGCAGAUUAUUGAGGUGUGCCUGGCCCUCAAACACAGAAACGGAGGGCUGAUCACUCUGGACGAACUCCAUCACAGAGUCCUGAAGGGAAGAGGGAAAUACGCUCAAGAUGUGAGCCAAGAUGACUUGAUGAGAGCCAUAAAGAAACUGAAGGUGAUGGGGAACGGCUUCGGGAUGAUUCCUGUCGGAGGUUCUUACCUGGUGCAGUCGGUUCCAGCAGAGCUCAACAUGGAUCACACCGUGGUUCUGCAGCUGGCCGAGAAAAAGGGCUACGUGACAGUGAGUGAGAUCAAGGAGAGUCUGAAGUGGGAGAAGGAACGAGCGUGUCACGUCCUGGACCACUUGCUGAAGGAAGGCCUGGCCUGGCUCGACUCUCAGGCGACUGGAGAAGCUCAGUACUGGCUGCCCGCUCUCUUCUCUGAGCUCACUUCCCGUGAUGUCACACCGGAGGAGGCCAAUCAGAUGACUCCUUAGAGGAGAGACGGCUCCAGAGACGUGUUGGUAAACAGAACGUGCCAAAAGGUUUCGGGCUUGUGUGAUGUCGUGAGUCGGCUCGGUGAACUGAUCGGAGAUCAUUUUCUGGACACGAGGAGGGAAAGCUUUCCUCAUUAACUUCUAUGCAACGAGUGCGCUCUCAUUCUCAGACACUACGCUGCUUCUGGACUCCAGUGUGGUGUUGCGGGUUUCACGGUUUACGGAUAACGGAUGUACAUAACAUGUUUUAAUUUUUCAUGUAUAAAGAAUAACUUUAAAAGACGA